AUGCAGUACAUGCGAGACGCCGCCAACUUCACUCCCUCCAAGCGCGCUUUCCAGACACAAUUUAAGAGAUGGGGUUUUCCGUCGAAACGCAAGCCGUCGUUCCGCGAUGAGGACCUGGUGGAUCGCGUGAGAGAGCUGUGGGAAGCCAACUACAGUCAACGCAAUAUGCUCCAUACCCUUCAAGCCGAGGGCCACGAUAUCAAAGAACGAGAGCUCAUGCGACUGCGCGCUAAGAACCGCUGGCUCAUGCGGAUUCCCAACGGCGCCAAACAGACGUCCGCCGAUGAGGCAGAAGCCCGUCUCGAAGGCCAGCUGAUCGACGCUACGAAGAAUGACGAAAGUAUCCCUCAACCCGACCAUCAUCCCGUCUUGGAUGAGCCGCCGCCAGAAUUCAUGGAGCGUCAGAAGGAGAGACUUCAAGAACUCCAAACCAUCAGUGACCAGCGUUGGAAAGACAAGAAACGACGCCGUCGCACCAAGGGGUAUGCAGGUCUCCCCCCCGAUCCCGCCGGGAUGCCACCGCGUUUUCCCUCCGAGACCACACUUGAGGAGAGCAGGGAGAUAUUGUGUCUUGAUGCAAGACAAUAUCGGGCCAUUCGCGAUCAAUUCCAAGCGAUUUGCGAGGAGGAGCAAAUCAAGCAAAAGACCGUUGCUGGAACAGAGAAGUGGCAAGCCGUCAAAGAUCGGUUGGUCCGUGAGAAUGCACUAUUACAGGCUGUGAUGUGGCAAGACACGUCUAACCUUCAGUCCAAAGAGCUUGCUCUGGACGUCAUCUGCACCGAUGUUACCAAGCGGAUCCGGACCCUGGGUCGAAGAUUGACCAUUUUAGAGUCCAAGAAGGUGCUUGGCUUGAACCCAGAUCAAAGUCGACAAAUCCGCAGCGAAUUUUACGACAUCCUUGAAUCGGAGUAUUACACCAGUAAACUCGAAAUGGGACCAGAGAAGUGGAAGGAACUCAAAGACCGCUGGGUUGCCAACAAUUCAUAUCUUCAAAGCCUCCUCGCACCGGGUGACGCCGACCCCGAGCAUAACAGAAAGCGAGCUGCAAUGGAACUCUUGUGUCGAGAUGUCAUGAAGCGUGUCCGGGACGAUCGAGCAAAGAAGAAGGGCACUUUUAGGAAAAAGCCCGCAGAACCUUUGACACUCGGAGCGGACAUGACACCUCAACCACCUCAACCUCCCGCGCCCUCAGUGGCUCCUGCACCGGCUGCUGUCAGCGACGCGUAUCGAGACGCCCUGCCAGCCAAUCCAUAUAGCGACGUACCAACCACGGCAGCGCAGAAUGAUUUGUCAGACCUUCAAAUCGACCCCAACUUGUUGCAAGUGGCCGACCAUCUAGGGACCCCACAAGUCUCGAGCGUGACGCCUGUGUAUGUUCGUCCUCACCCCAACUCGACCGUGUACACCUCUACGAGACUCUGGCUAGGUUCUUUGAUAGGACGCACUGUUCAGGAACUUCGUGCAAUGAUCGCUGCCAAGUAUCCCCUCGCAAAGGCAGAACAAAUCAAUGGUAUCGAGAAAGACGCCGUGGGCAAUGAAAUCCCCUACCUCAUUGAGGAAGAUGACGAAUUAGAGGCCUAUCUCGACCACGUUCAAGGACGCAAGGCUAUGUUCGUCGUGCUGCUCGCGCGGGCUUGA